AUGGUUGCAGUUCGGAGAAGGAAGAAGAGGACAAUGAGAUUGAUUGCUCUAGGUAUUGUGGAAGGAGAAAAUCAGAAUGUAGGUGGAGAAGAUGAAACAGGCAAAGAAAACAAAGAAGAUGAUGAAUUUGAUAGUCGAUUUGAUAUGUUCGACGACUCGGACGGUGCGUCAUCUGAAGAUGAUAACUUCAGCUCAUACGGUGAGUCUCCUUCAGAAGACCAAGAGUCACCAACGCUACCUCCCAAGAAGAUAUAUCAUAAAUUCUCGAUGAGCGGGUUUAAAGAGAGUGAGGAGGUUCUUCUAAGGUUGGAGAUGUCGUCGCUAAAUCUUGCGGUAGGGCAACGAUACGAUAGUAAAGACGAUUUGGAGAGACGACUGAAACUUCUUACAGUGAAGGAUCAAUUUGAUUAUGAUAAACAUACAUGCUCUACAACUGAGCAUUAUAAUCGAUGUCGACAUGCAACACCAAAUAUUCUAGGAGAGUUGUACAAGAGCUUUCUCGGCGACGUUGGUCCGGCCGUUCACCCUACGAGUGUUGGAAUAGCUAUCACUAAGCAGUUUGGUGUAAAGAUGGAGUAUUGGAAAUCCUACCGGACGCUGAAAUUUGCAAGGGAAAUCGAUCAGAGAACACCUGAGAGUGUUGCGCGUCUUCAAAUCGAUGAGAAUGGAAAAUUCAUGUAUGUGUUUCUUGCAUUUGGUGCGAGCGUAAAUGGGUUUCAUUUCAUGCGCAAAGUUGUGGUUGUCGACGGUACGUUUCUUAAUGGUAGAUACAAAAGGACGCUUCUCACGGCACUGGCUCAGGAUGGUAACUUUCAGAUUUUUCCAAUAGCCUUCACAGUGGUUGACACUGAAAAUGAUGAUUCCUGGCAUUGGUUUUUUACGCAACUAAAACUUUUGAUUCCUGACGACGAGGGUCUUGCGAUAAUCUCGGAUAGGCAUAACUCGAUUGGGAAAGCAAUUACAAAUGUGUAUCUGCUUGCUUUUCGUGGAAUUUGCACGUACCAUCUAUAUAAGAAUAUACUGGGACGGUACAAAGGAAAAGAUGCAUUUCGUCUGGUGAAGAAAGCGGCGAGAUGUUUUAGGAUGUCUGAGUUUACUCAGAUUUUCGAGGAGAUUGAAGCGAUUAAUCCAGCACUCCACGGCUACUUCCAAAGGGCUGAUGUCCGACUGUGGAUGCGUGUUCAUUUCCCGGGCGAGAGGUACAAUUUGAUGACUACGAACAUAGCGAAAUCAAUGAGCAGAGCAUUGUCGAAUGCUAGAGGUCUUAACAUUAUUCGAAUAUUAGAAUCGAUACGGGUUAUGAUGACCAGAUGGUUUGCUGAACGGAGAGAGGAUGCCAGAUCGCAGCGAACCACGCUUACGCGUGGUGUGGAGAAACUACUACAUGGUCGUGUAACUGCCACCAGAGAUUUGACGGUACAGAGGAUUGAUGAUCAUCACACUGAAGUUAAAUAUGGAUCUUCCGGCGAGUCUUUGCAUGUUGUUAAUUUGGUAGAGCGAAAUUGCAUAUGUCGUCAUUUCGAACUCGAGAAAUUACCAUGCGUACACGCAAUCGCAGCGGCGGAGUACAGGAAUGUUUCUCGUAUAUCCCUGUGCAGUCCUUACUAUACCAGCAAUUAUUUGGUUAGCGCAUACGCUGAAUCGGUCAUGCCGGUUGAUUCAGCGCAACCUGUUCCAGAAAUCGUGGCUAACAAACCCUGCUUGCCCUCGACUUUAACACUUAUGGCGGGGAUGUUGUUUUUCAUGUCCUUUGGAAAGCAUAUCUACGACUCUAAUAUGCGUAACGGCUGA